AUGUUUUCAUUUUCUGUUACAGUUCUGGUGCUCAUUCAAGUCAUUGCUACUUCUGGUGGUCAAAGUGUGUCGGAUGAGAGAAAUCAGCAGACGUGUGUGUCUGCUGGUGUUCCUGGAGUACCUGGAGUAAAUGGAUCACCCGGACGAGAUGGAAUGAAAGGAGAAACGGGGAAGAACGGAGAGAAAGGAUUAGUGGGAGAUGAUGGUGGACAAGGAAUAAAAGGAGAAAAAGGAAGGAAAGGAGAGAAAGGGAUAAAAGGGGAGAGAGGAUUGGUUGGAGAUGUCGGUGGUAAAGGUAAUGCUGGAAAGAUAGGCCCACAAGGCCCAAAAGGUCCACAAGGGAUAAAAGGAGAAACAGGAAGGAAAGGAGAGAAAGGAGAAGCUGUGACACUCAACUGGAAACAGUGUGUGUGGUAUAGAGAUGAUUCUAAGGACAGUGGUCUCAUUCAGAACUGUAAUUUUAGGAAACAUGACAGCAAUUCAGCUCUACAUAUUGGAUAUGCAGGUACUCUCAGGGUCCUAUGCUCCAGUAGGACUUGCUGUUCUCGAUGGUAUUUUACAUUCAACGGUAACGAGUGCAGUGGACCUAUGACUAUUGAGGGAAUUGUGCGUGGUGAUCCAGCUAAUGAUAAUCCUCACCGUCACAGACAGAUUGAGGGAUACUGUGAGAACAUUCCAGCAGGCCAAGUCACAAUUGGAUUCAACAUUGGAAAGUGUAAGGGAUACUCGACGACUUAUGAUGGCUGGACAGGAUAUCUAUCGGCAUCUCGCAUUAUGAUUGCAGAAGUUCCUCCAUCACAAAAGUGACUGAAUUAGAGAGGAAUUAGAACUUGUGUUCAGUAGAGUUUGUAGUACCUAAAGUACAAGGUUGCUGAAUUAGGAGACUGGAUGAUGUGCGUGCAUGUCUCUCUUUGCCGUAUGUGAGUGUAUGUAUGAUUAAUUCAACAUGUAGCUGCAACUAACAAU